AUGAUGGAAUACGGAAGAACGCGCAAAGGGCCGCUGCCUGGAGGUCGCCAGGGAGCGUCUGGAGCUGGCGCUGGUCGCGACAGCAUGCGAACCGCCAGCCGAGCGCGAGGUGCUGCACGACCACCCAGCAGUCCCUCGCAUCCAUCAUACCCACCGCACCGCACCGCCCGCGAAAACCCUCCGACACCAGGUUUGGUGUCGGCAGGGUCUUCGCGGGCCCAGCAAUCGGCACCCGCCACUGGUGGAGUACGCCGCAUGCGUUGGACAACCCAGAUGAACAGCAACGCAUUGCGGGCGUAUUUUAGGGCGAAAGGGGGAGAAACUGGAGGUUUUGCGGAUCGGGCAAGGAUGCAUCGACUUUUUGCUGAGCUGGAGCCAUCUGUAACCGUCACCGAGCAAAACCUGGCAGACCGAGUUCGGUAUAUCUUGCGCUCAAAUACAUUUGUUGUCAUCGAACUCGAACGGCUACGACGUAAGGCUGUUCCUUCAUCGGAUGAAAAUGCUGCGGCUGGGGAUGCGGCGCCACAACUUGCUGAGCAAACGGCAUAUGUGGAUGCCGCCGUGAAUACGCCAGUUGUGGUUGAUUCAAACGAUGACGGAACAGUCGCCCAGGAACUGGAACUAGAGCAAAUAAGGAGUACAUUGAAGGAGGCGAUUGUGCAAACGCGCAGUACGCCUCUCGAAAAUCGACCGCGACUUCCCCGCUUAGCCCUAAGCAAGCGGAAUCGGGCUGUCGUGAGGGCUCUGAACCCAAUGCUGGUUACCUACUUGGAAGCCAGCCGGGACCUUUGCGAGACGGACUCAAUUUUUUUGGCGCCGCACUGGCAGUCUGCCGUAUUAUAG